AUGGAGUCUGUAGCCUUCCAGAUGUGGGCGACCCUUUGUCUUCUGGCACACCUUGCAGAUGGUAGCCCCAUAAUGAGUCUAGAUGUCUCUCUUAUGGAUGAAGAGGUGCCAUUCUUCGAUGAACAGGACACGCUGCUUCAGAAUUUGCAAAACGAGCUCCUGAAGGCCCUUAAUCUCUCGGGCAUCCCCUUGCAAGAGACGGUCAAGGUGGACCCUCCAGAAUACAUGCUGGAGCUCUAUAAUAGGUUUGCCAGGGACAAGACCUUGAUGCCAUCAGCCAACGUUGUUAGAAGCUUCAAAAAUGAAGAACAGAUUUCACGGCUCAUGCGAUUUAAUGGAAUACGGAGGUACCCUCUGCUUUUCAAUGUGUCCAUUCCUCACCAUGAGAAGAUAACCAUGGCUGAGCUGAGGCUCUACACCCUGGCAGAGGACAGACCCCUCUAUGAAGGUCUCGACAGGAAGGUCACCAUUUUCGAAGUGCUGGAGAAUGAACAUGGAGGAGGAAAAGAGGGAGAGGAAAGGAAGCUGAAAGUGCUGGCAUCCAGACAUAUUUACAGCGCCAACAAUGAAUGGAAAACAUUUGAGGUCACAGAGGCCAUCAGGAAGUGGCAUCACUCUGACUCAACCACUCACUGGCUAGAGGUGCAGGUGGAGUACCGAGGAGGAGAGAAUCCCAGUCAAGGAGGAGACAUAGACGUGGACAUCAAUUUGGAGACCAAACGCGAGCCUUUAUUAAUUGUCUUUUCAGAUGAUCACAGCCAUGCCAAGAAAGAGGAGAAGUAUGAGCUGAAGGAGAUGAUGGAGCAUGAGCAGAUGCAAGACUGGCAGGAUUUAGAUUUGCAAGACUUCUCCAGUAGCCCCAGUGAGGAGAAGCUGCUUCAGAUAAGGUCCAACAUCAUCUAUGAUUCAACGUCCAGGAUCAGGAGGAACGCAAAGGGAAGCACCUGCAAAAAGACUUCUCUUUAUGUGGAUUUCAAGGAGAUUGGCUGGGAUUCCUGGGUCAUCGCACCACAUGGGUACGAUGCCUACCAGUGCAAGGGAGCCUGCAACUUUCCUCUGGAUGGCAGCCAGACGACCACCCAUGCCAUGGUCCAGACGUCCGUUCAUCUGAAUGAUCCCCAGAGAGCUUCUCCUGCCUGUUGCGUCCCGACCAAGCUGGACCCCAUCUCUUUGCUCUUCCUGGAUAAAGGGAUAGUCACCUUCAAGCAAAACUAUGAGGGCAUGUCAGUCUCCGAAUGUGGCUGCAGAUAG